AUGGAUAGGAAUAGGAAAUUGCUCUUGACAGUGGGAUUGCUAUUCCAUUUUUUUUACCUAUGGUCCAUUUUUGACAUUUAUUUUGUCCUGCCUUUAGUUCAUGGUAUGGACCACCACAUUUCCACUUAUGAACCUCCAGCAAAGAGAAUCUUUCUCAUAGUUGGUGAUGGUCUUAGAGCAGACAAGACAUUUCAAAAAUUGACUCAUCCGAGAACUGGAGAGUAUAAAUAUUUAGCACCAUAUUUGCGAAGUUUAGCCUUAAACAAUGGAACGUGGGGAAUAUCAAAUACGAGAAUGCCUACGGAAUCACGUCCGGGUCAUGUGGCCAUGAUUGCUGGAUUUUAUGAAGAUGUUUCGGCUGUCACUAAAGGUUGGAAAGAGAAUCCAGUGAACUUUGAUUCGUUUUUCAAUCAAUCAAAACAUACGUAUUCAUUUGGAAGUCCUGAUAUUUUGCCAAUGUUUGCUUAUGGAGAUGGUGUUGUACCUGGGAGAAUUGAUGUUUGCAUGUAUGCCCACGAGUUUGAGGAUUUUAGCAAGAGUUCAAUUGAGUUGGAUUCAUUUGUGUUUAACCAUUUUGAUGAUCUUUUGACCAAUCUGACAAAGAAUGCCACCUUGCAUGACGAAUUACAUCAAGAUGGAAACGUUUUUUUUUUGCAUUUGUUAGGUCCGGAUACUGCUGGUCAUGCUUAUCGUCCAUAUUCAGCUGAAUACUAUGAAAAUAUUGAAUAUAUCGACACAAUGUUGGAGAAAGUUGUGCCGCAAAUUAACGAAUUUUUCGGUGAUGACAAAACUGCAUUUGUGUUCACUGCUGAUCAUGGUAUGUCAGAUUUUGGAUCCCACGGAGAUGGUCAUCCUGAUAAUACGAGGACUCCCUUGAUUGCUUGGGGUGCUGGUCUCAAUAAACCGGUGCAUUUGAAAGACGUGGAACAUAAAGAGGCUCAAUUACUCAAACAAGAUCCAAUUGCAAGUGGGUUUGAAUCUACUUAUUUUGACACAUGGGGGUUGGAUCAUUUAGUUCGAAAUGACGUGAAUCAAGCUGAUAUUGCUUCGUUGAUGGCUUAUUUAAUAGGUGCAAAUUAUCCAGCAAAUUCCGUUGGUGAAUUGCCAUUGGGCUACAUCGAUGCCAGUCCACAAAACAAAAUUAAAGCUCUUUAUGCAAAUGCGUUAGCCAUUGUUGAACAAUAUAUCGUCAAGGAGAAGGAAGUCUACAACCAUCAAUUCAAAUUCAAGCCAUAUGAGCCUUUUGAAGAGAAAACAAUUCAAGAUUAUCAAAAGGAGAUAGAGAGUAUGAUUGAGUUAUUGAAGGAAACACCAGAUGCAGAAGUUGAAAAAUUAGCAAUUGAAAUUACAGAAGAAUUGAUGAAGAAAACAUUGGCUGGCUUGAAUUACCUAACCACUUACAAUUGGGCAUUACUUCGUUCUAUUGUGACAUUGGGCUUUUUUGGAUGGAUUGUGUAUUCCUUCAUUUUGUUCUUAAAGCUCUUUAUUUUGUCAAAAAGUGAUUUGAAAAAAAUUGAGAGCCUGUAUCCUCCGGCUACGUUAGCAUCUUUCAUGGUAUUAGGUUUAUCACUUGGAUAUUUGCUAUUCUACCAGAGUUCUCCAUUCAAUUAUUACAUGUACGCUGCUUUUCCGCUUUACUUCUGGUAUACAAUAGUGGUGGAGUUCCAACACUUGAUUGAUGGAGUAAGAGAGUUAUUACGAGGUGUUUCUCUAUCAGGAAAGAUUCUUAUUUUCACCAGCUUCCUUGGAAUGUAUGAAGGAAUAGCUUAUGGGUUUUUUGAAAGAUUCACCUUUUCCAUCAUCUUUUGUAUUGUUGGUAUUUACCCCGUAUUUAUUCUGGACUCGUACAAGAUAUCAGGGUUGAUGAAAUUUUUGUGGUUUUUCAGUUGCCUUUUCAUGUGCAUAUUCACCAAUUUGAAUCCAAUCAAAACAGAAAACUUGCUUCUUAUAAACUUGGGUGCUAUUCUUGCAUUUGCUAUAAGUAUUGUUGGCUUCAAUGAAAUUGAAAAAAGAAGUUAUGAUAUUGGCCUUCCACAGAAAGUAAUCACAUGGGCACAAAUACUUGCUAUUCCACUCAUCACUUAUGCCACUGAUGCUUCAGUUGUUUCGUUGCAAUCAAGAAAUGGUCUUCCUUUGUAUUCACAGGUUAUGGGUUGGGUGACAUUUGUGGCAUCGCUAAUAGUGCUACCUGCACUUCAUUCCAUCUAUCCAUCAAAAGAUUAUCGAUUUAGGUUAUUAAUCAUAUUCAUUACCUUUGUUCCAACGUUUGUUAUCUUUACGAUUUCUUACGAAUUGUUAUUCUAUAUUGGAUUUUCAUUGGUAUUAUUACAAUGGCUUACAAUUGAGGAGCUUCUCAAAUACUCCCAAGAAGAAAUAGCAAAAGAGCACAAGGAAACAGGAAAGUUGCCACAAGGUUACUGGGUUCAAGUGAUUAGAAUUGCCAUCAUUGGUUUCUUCUUUUUACAAGUGGCGUUUUUUGGUACAGGUAAUGUGUCAUCUAUAUCUUCCUUCUCCUUGGAUUCAGUAUACCGAUUGAUACCUGUAUUCAGCCCAUUUGCAAUGGGAGCUUUACUAAUGAUCAAGUUGAUUAUUCCAUAUGUAUUGUUAUCAACAUGUUUGGGUAUAAUGAAUCAUCAAUUGGAAGUUAAACGAUUCACAAUUUCUACAUUGAUUAUAUCCACAAGCGAUGUCCUUUCGUUAAAUUUUUUCUUUUUGGUACGAACUGAAGGAUCAUGGUUGGAUAUUGGUGUAUCUAUUUCUAAUUAUUGCUUGGCAAUAUUGUCAUCAUUAUUUAUGUUGAUUUUGGAGUUGGUUAGUUCGAUUAUAUUGAGUGGUGUUGAGUAUACUCAAGCAAGUAAAAAGUUGGAUUACGAACCUAUUAGUCAUAGAGUUAGAAAAAAGAAAGUUACAUAG